CAGCGUGCACGUGAGGUGGCUAAGCUGUCGAGAAAGAUGUGGGCUCUGAGGCGGGAAGUGUUGAAAGAGAAGAGUUGGCUACCUUGUUCGGAGGAGGAAGGACCUGAACCUUUGCUCUGGGUAUGCGUCAAUCGGUUUGCGAGGAAGGAUCCGCUACCAGGGGGAGCGGUGCUUUUCUUCGCUCCUCCAAAUGGAUUUCCUAAAGAGACGUGAGAACCCACGAUCGGGAUGCUCCUUGAGAAGUACGGGGCAGUGGAUGAGAUGUAUGUCUGGGAGGCAUACAACCACGGAGAUGCAGCGCUGAUCAACGCGAAUAACCUGGGUGAUACCUUUGACUGGGCAGACGGUGCACGCGACGUGCUGCAGUUUCUGACCUUCCAUCGGCCUCUGGUGCACCAGAGGAACGCACCUACACACCUCCCACAUCAUGCGCGGGAGGACUGUCCAAGACCGGUCAUCGGAGUCGGUCAUUCGCACGGGGGUGAAAUCAUAACUCGGGCUGCCUUGCACGAUCCUACGUUGUUCUCUGCGCUCAUCCUCAUAGAUCCUGUGAUCAUGAUGGAGACAUUGUCGACUCCCACCCGACGGGAAAGUAUGAAAAACAGAGACGAGCUUCUUUUAAGAAGGACACUUGCCCGGCGCGCGGUGUGGCCUUCGAGGGAAGAAGCAGAAAAAUUCUUCGCCCAAGCACCAUUUUUCCGUUCUCAUCAUCCCGCCGUCCUCUCCCUUUACGUGUCGCACGGGCUCGCCUCCCUGCCUACCUCCGCUCAAGGUUCAUCAAGCUCAAACUGUGUGAUGCUCAAAGAGUCUCCCUUCGACGAAGCGACAUUUUACAGCGAGCCCCGUGCACCGGCAGAAACUUGGUUCCUCCUCCCUUUGCUGGAUCCCCCUGUAGAGCUCAGGUGGGUAAUGGGCAACGAUAUGGAGAACUAUCAGGGCGGGGAGGAGCAUGUGCGGCAUAUGGUCUGGCGCCGACCAAACAAUAGUAGCAAUACGAUCGUGCGCUCAGCUGGUCAUUUUGUACCGCAGCAAGCGCCCGAGCAAUUGGCUCGUGAAAUUGCGGAUGUGCUUAUCCGGCAACAACAUUCGUUUGGACAACGCACGAGCGCUGGACAGGUCCAGGCUCGCUUAUGAGCAUGGGAGAACGUGCGAAGAUGGACGAUGUAUGGGUUCAUUGCACGAGUUGAUGAGAAGGAAGGAUACAAAUGACUCUGGACAUAGUGCUGGGUAUACAAUGGUCCUGAUCCAUGAAUUCCUAGGCUGCACCGAGCGAGCCAGAGCCCGGAAAUAAACAACCAAGAAUGUCAAACGGCAACCGCAACCCAUACCAGUCUGAGCACAGCUCUCCGUCAUGGCCGUUCGUGGCAAUCAUGUCAUGCCAUGUCGUGAACAUGAUAAGGGUGCGAGCAGAAGACGCUGAAAAGUUUUUUUUUGAAAGACUUCAAUGUCCGCACGCGUAUCGCCCGAUAUUCCAACACACGAGUUCCUCGCACUCCUGGCACCCUGCAUGUUCUCCCCGUCUUGGCUCCUGGUUGGUCAUAUCCCUGGAUUUUGCGCGAUAGCAGAUGAAGCCAUGCUGGGGGACUUCGUCGCAGCGCGCAAAGCGCUGGACCUUGACGACCUGCCCGCAGAGAUAGCGUUCGAGCAGCGUAUCUU